AUGGCUGAUUGCACCAGUAGAAGUACGGCUGAAAAGGUUUGCAUCAUCGGUGGUGGCGUAUCGGGUCUCGUCACAUUGAGGACUCUCCUCGCAGAAGGGUUUGAUGUCACUUUGCUUGAAGCACGGAGUAGGGUCGGUGGGGUCUGGGCUACGGGUUACGUCGGUCAAGGGGCUCAGUCGCCCAGUUGGUUUUAUGAGUUCAGCGAGUUCCCAGUGGGAGAGCGUUAUCCCCUUUUUAUGAAAAAAGAGGAGCUCUGUAGUUACAUCGAUGAUUAUGUAUCGCACUUUGAGCUUUCCUCGUAUAUCCACUGCAAUGUCGUCGUGACAGAUCUCCACAAUGUCAACGACAAGGCGUGGCGAGUGACCACCCAGGAUGGUCAGCAAGGAAUCUUCGAUAAGGUUGUCAUUUGCACUGGACUCUUCAGAAAGAAGAAAAUACCGAAAUUUCCCGGUAUGGACCGGAGUAGAGUUAAAGUCUUCCACACUUCUGAGUGCGACGACCGCAGUGCCUUUACUGCUAAAGAUGUGGUUUUUGUUGGUUACGGCAAGUCCACGUUAGAUCUGAUGAACGAACUUAAAGAUGACGUGAAAAGCACUACGUUCGUGUAUCGAGAGCGACGUUGGCCUCUUCCUGGCAACUUAUGGAAGAUCUCCAUCAUCCAUGUUGUCCCAGAAGGAACGUAUGAGCGUAUUGCAACAGGAGAAAUCCGUGCGAAGCAGGCCACUAUCGAGGAGUUCACCAAAGAGGGCAUCCUGCUCAGCACUGGGGAGCAAAUUGCAUGCGAUGCAGUCGUACUCGGCACCGGCUUUGAGGCGGCAAUGGAGAUCUUGCCUGUGGAAUGCAGGAAUAGUUUAAUCUGUGAUAACGGCGAAGGUCCAUGGCUGUAUCGUCAUAUUGUCCACCCAGAGUAUAUGCAUCUAGGCUUCGUCGGCUGGGCUUCUACUAACAUCAGUAUUAGUACUUCUACUCUGCAAGCCCUUUGGCUAGCUGGAUUCUGGAAGGGUAGAAUCUCCCCGUCAAUGCAAGAUAUGAAGUGCGACAUUGCGAAGUACCGUAAGUGGGCGCUCGAGCAUAUCCCUCCAACACCGCAGCGGCCCUGCACUACGUUCCUCUACAUAGAUCUAUAUCACGAUCAACUAGUCGAGGACUUGGGAGUCAGCAAGUACCUCCACGGUGGUAUUUUUGAUGACUUUAUACUCUAUUACCCGGCUACGUACCGCCCCUUGACAGAUGACGUGAUCAUCCCGUCUGAGGUCAAAGCUUCUGAACAAACAGCUUUGCUUCUGUUGAAGGAGUUGUUGGUGGACACCAUUGCGCAAUAUCCUCUUCACGAGAGUAUGCCUGAUGUGUUUGGACUCAUGCGACUGCUCAUGUUCCUAAGAGUAGCUAAAAAUGAUGCUCACAUGGCAGCGAAGCGAUUCAAAGAAUUCCUUGCUUGGCGGCAGAUGAGGAAAGUAGAUGAAAUCAGGAAGAAUAUCCUGGAGAAAAAGUUGACUUUCGAUGACAUUCCGCACAUCGACAAGGUCACUUAUUAUCUCCCUUUUAAUCCGUGCCUACGAGAUGCUGUUGGUGAACCCUUGCGUGCUAAGGACGGAUCCUUCAUUUACUGUGAAAGGCUGGGGAUGAUCGAGACCAACGGUUUCAUCUCCGAAAUGCUGGUGUUCUCACAGGUCAGUGAUGAUGAAUUCAUGGAAAUGUUCAUUUAUCUCAGCGAGCUCGGGCAGCUCCUCAUCCACGACGUUUACGAGCGCACGAAGGAGUUGUCUUCCUUCAUUCUCGUCAUAGACGUUGGUGGAGCACCUGCGGCCUCCUGGGCUAACCCGAAGCUCUGCAAAGCUGUUGUGAAUAGGAUGGGGUCCGCGGGGAAGUUGCGGGAGAGCUACUACCCUGGUCAGGUCAGUAAAGUGUGCUUCCUGAAUGCCCCAUGGAUAUUCGAUACAUUCUUCAAGUUGCUGAGGUCCUUCCUAUCUAAAGCCAGUCUAUCAAAGGUGACUAUAUGUCGUCCCGGAGACCAGCAUAUCAUGUCAUUGGUUGACCCGAUGAAUAUCCCUGCGUUCUUAGGGGGUUCUUGUGAGAGUCCACUGGGCCAGGUACCGGAGACUGGUCGCCUGCUUAACGACAGAUUCGGCUUGGGAACAGGAGGAGCAGUGGAGACUGUAACUAUCGCCAAGGGUGAGAGCCUCCGGAUCCCCCUGACCGCUGUCAAGGAGGGCGACGUCGUCUCCUGGGCGGUCGGCGUUGAGGCCCAGGAGAUACUCUUCGGGGUAGAGAUACAAACACAUAAAGAUGGCGAGAUGACUUCCGAAUUCGCCGUCCCGUUGGAGAAGUGCAGCAGGCAGAAGAGUGUUAGAGGGCAGUAUACUAGUCCGGCUGAUGGGCGACUUGUGUUCGUAUUCGACAAUACCGCCUCUUGGCUGCGCUCGAGGACGGUGCAUUACCGGUGUGUGGGCCUACCUACUGAGUGCACCCAGGAUCUGUUGGAGUAG